UGUGGAAGUAAGGCACAUGGUCCCAGGCAUGACAGGAGGCUGGCCAGAAGGAGGCGGGCUUUAAGCACAGAGCUUCCAUCCCCUGGGAAACACCUCCUGCUUACUGCUGAGCAUCCCUGGAAGGGUAACUCAUCUCCCCGGGGAACCCUCGCUGGGAGCCUCUGGGGAUCCAUCACACGGUGGAGCGGAUUGCAGGAUGGAGUCGUCGUACCAUCCUGAGCCCUUUGUGGUGCCUGAACAUCUCUGGGAGCGCUGUGAUCUCUCGUUUACUCACAACAAAAAGGAAAUAAAAUACAAGUAGGAUAACGACAGACCUGUGUAGAUAGGAAUGAAUUCUCAGAAUGGCAUUGAUUCAUCUGUGAGCUGACUUUCAUCUGAGAUAGCGUGGAGAACUUGGGAGAGAGACUGGAUCAGAGGAGCCAGGUGCCUGGAACCAGGUGAGAAGCUCACAGAUCACUUCAACAUAACCCAAAGCAGAGGCUCCCAUCACAACACAUUUCAUUCAUCCAGGAUGGAGCUCAGCAUGUCUCCGGACAUUCUUCAUGCCUUCCAGAGUCCAAACUCCGGAGUUCACAGCCAUACCAGUGCACAUGCACCCCCACCCCCCCUCGCCACCACCGGGCCCCCAGCCACUCCUGUCAAGCCAGCAUUAGCAGGUUUCCGGAAGGUGUGCCGAACCGAGGACCCCAGUCCCGGCCCCUUCCAGGGUUUGGAUGGGGCUCUGGAGAUGCGUGUCAAGGAGGGCAGCAAGAUCCGGAACCUGAUGGGCUUCGCUGUGGCCCGCAUGCAAGAGGGGGGGUCGGGCGGAGGCCCGCGGCAGGUGGUGUUCACCGGUUCUGGCCGUGCCGUCACCAAGACCAUCACCUGUGCCGAGAUCAUGAAGCGGCGGCUGACCGGCCUGCACCAGCUGACCAAGCUGCGCUACCGCGCCGUGCGGGAAGUUUGGGAGAGCGGCGAUGGCCAGACCACUGUCCAGCGCGACGUCCCCUCCAUCAGCAUACUCCUGUCCAAGGACCCACUGGACCCACUGGAACCAGGAUACCAGCCCCCUGAGGACCAGAGCCCGCUGUGGGGGCCUGGCUGUCACAGGGAGGAGGAGACGGAGAUGGAGAAACCGUCCCAGGAGGCUCGAAAGAGACCCCAAAGUCCCGACUCACUCCUUAGCACAAAGAGGCCGUGCCCCGGUGUGAGAUCGCUGGAGUCCACCUCCUGACCUGCUGACCCCCAGAAGACGUAGCAGAACCAGGCUUGAUCGUGACCUGUGCCAAAUUGCGGUCUGCCUGCCGCUCAGCGUGUACGGGAAUGAACAGAGACACUUCCUAUAGACAGACAAGUCCUGUAGCACAUGCUGCUGGACCACAAGGUUCGGCUGGUGUCGGCAUGGUAACGGAUCUAUUAAUCUGUUCCCUUCGUCAAAAACGUGUUUCAGGCAAUGUGACCCCAGAACACUCCUUAAACACAUACUGAGUGUAUUUAUUUCAAUUUUCAAGCAAGUAUCUACUCAAUCUAGACAAUUUGUACAAUUCAUUGUGAAUUUCCAUUACAUUCCUAUGCAUUAAAAUUCAUGAUUUGGUGAA